AUGUAUGGUGUCAACAGAAAAGGCAAAAAGUGGUGGCACAGAAUAUUUUUUGGCUUGUUUGACAUGGCAGUUGUUGAUGCCUAUGUCAUAUACAAAGAAACCAAUGCAGAAAGUGCACCCCUGUUGAACUUCCGCAGGGAAUUAGCGCAAGGCCUCCUCACACUAGGAAAAAGCAACACCUCCCCAGGAGCUUCUAAGCGGCGCAAGGUUGCUUAUUCUGUUCCUGCCUCUGUUAGAUUCAACAGCACUGGUGUUCAUUGGCCUCACUUCACUGAAAAGAAGGGAAGGUGCGAGGUGUGCUCCAAAAAGGGGGUUGAGUCCAGGCCAUUCUCUAUCUGCAGCCACUGCGGCAUUCAUCUAUGCUGCAGUGCCUCCAAGAAUUGUUUCAGGGAGUUCCACUCAUAA